AUGUCGGAUGUGUUGUACCAGGGAGACAUAGUGUUAACAGAAGAGCAGGCGGAGGAACUCAUUGGGGAAAACUUUGAAAGGGAAAAACGCCAGGCAACCACAAAAACCAAUAGCAAGUGGUCCGACGGCCUCUACUAUUCAUUCCGCCGUGAUGCAAGAAACCCGAAGAUGAAGGAAAUAGCUAAAAAAGGAGCUAAAUUAUGGCACGACAAUACAUGCAUCGACAUGAUUGAAGACGCUACCGCUCCUGAGCGAGUUGAGUUUUUCGAAGGAAACGGAUGCUACUCCUGGGUUGGAAACCUUCACAAAGUACAAGAGCUUUCCUUGGGCGGUCAAGGAUGCCACUAUGUGGGAACAGCCGCGCACGAACUCGCCCAUACUCUUGGUUUGUUCCACGUUCAGUCAAGGUAUGACCGUGACAACUAUGUAACGCUAAAUAAAGGCAACAUUCCUCCAAAACAGUUGAACACCGAUUUCAACCUAGAAACUCAAAGGACCAGCAACAAUUAUGGUGUACCUUACGACUAUGGUAGCCUGAUGCACUACUCCGCAUACGCCUUUGCUAAGGAUGAGCGGAUACCCACACUAAUACCGAAAGAUGAAAAUUAUGUAGACACCAUGGGAUCGACCAUGCUGUCAUUUUAUGACAUACUUCUCAUGAACAAACACUAUGGAUGUCUAGAUAAGUGCAAGUCCGCCUCCUCUGCAAAAUGUAAAAUGGGUGGCUACCCAAAUCCACGCGACUGUUCCAAAUGCAUUUGUCCCGAUGGAUAUGGAGGCCGUCUAUGUGAUGAGAAGCCAUCCGGAUGUGGUCUAGUUCUUACAGCUAACAGUAGAGUACAGACUCUUGAGCACUAUUUCGGACCAAGUGGCAAGAAGUCGGAUGAUUUCACAAAGUGCCACUUUUGGAUCAAGGCCGACAGAGGAAGAAAGGUUGAAAUAAGACUCAAAAGAGCUUUGUCCGAAUCCCAAUCCAACAGUGGCUGCGCCUUUGCGGGAGUGGAAAUCAAACCCCAAAAAGACCAGCUUCUAACGGGUUACAGAUUCUGCAAGGAAGAAGGUGGUAAGGAUAAGGUGUUCGUUUCAAAGACUGACACUGUUCCCGUCAUCUUUUAUCGUAGCAUUGGAAUGGUGACUGCUACUCUGGAAUACCGCAUGAGUAUGUUUUAG